AUGGAGACUGAAACAAAAGCAGCUCAAAUGUCCAAAGAAAUCGGACCGCUCCUCCGCCUCGCAACAGAGGAACUCCUCGACUCCAGCCUCUUCUCCGAUCUCACCAUCAUCUGCGGCGAUACCUACCAUCAAGUGCACAAAGUUGUGUUGUUCGCCCAUGGCGGCAAGUUUCGCGAGGUUGCAGAGUCCGCUCACGCGGCCAUCACCUUGAACGACAAGAAUCCGUUGGUCCUCGAUGCAGUGGUUCAGUACCUCUACCGAUUGGAAUUCACCACGCCGCAAGGAUACGAACUCGACGAGUUCAUGUUCGCCGCCAAUGUGUACUUCAUGGCAAUGGAGUACGGCGUUCGAGGCUUGCCACAACUCGCGCUUGAGAAGUUCGCAGAAGCGUGCGACCCGGAGGAAGAUCUUGGCCUUUUCGUGCGUGCUAUUCGGUUCGCCGAGAGAAUGAUCGCAAACCACGAUGACGAGUUCUGGAGGGCGCUGUCGCGGGUUGCGGAAGCUCAGUUCGACUUCUUGGAAGAACAGCGCGAGAGCGGAGGGCUUUCUGAUCAUGAUCAGAAGUCUUUGGACAACUUGCUUGGGAAUAUUCGUGCUGGCGAUCACCCUGGAUCCCACGAAGGCUCUAGCGAUGGUGGUCAUGAUGGCGAUGACGGAAUUGGUGGAGGUGGAGCAGCAGAGGACGACAUGUCGCCUGCGGUGGACGACCAGACACCGAUCUUCGAGCCACCCAUCCCGGAACAACGCUCCUUCCGCAUUCGUGCCAUCAUUUGCGGCGCCAGCCCACGAAGCAGAGGCUAA